AUGACCGCCCCCGACGAGCUCACGCGCUUGCGCGCGGUCUUGCGCGCGAGCGACGCGCAGACGCAGCAGUUCCUACAGCCGCUGCUCGCGCUCCGGGGCGUGCAGGACCUGUUGCUGACGUUCGUGCGCGACGCGUCGCGGUCGUUCGAAGACUGGGUCUGGGACCCGCACGUGCGACAGACGCUUACGCAUUUACAACAGCAGAGCGAAGACGGCCGUCGAGACGAGGGAGCGGCUACAGGGCAACUGGACAUUGACCAGUGGUACACACGUGCACUGAGCGAGCGCGUGGCGGCGCUGGCGAUGAAGGAGCAGGAGAACGAGACGCCGCCAGUGUUUCUCGAGACUGCAUCGGCCGCGCAGGCAGAGGGCAAACAGAAGUUCCAAGCGAAGCACUUUUACGCUGCGAGCACUGCGUUUCGACGCAGUCUCGAGGCCGUCGAGCAGCACCAGUUGAGUGAGUACUAUGGCCGCAGUGUCCCACCGGCCCAGUGGGACGACGACGAGGUGCAAGCGCGCUACGUCCUCCUAUGCAACAACGUUGCGAUCUGUGGCCUCAAGCUGAAGGACCUCUCGUUGGUGCACGAGUACGCAGAAAAGGCAUUGAGCGUCGAUGCGUCGUCGACCAAAGCGCUGUAUGCGCUGGCCAAAGGUCGGCUGCUGGAGCACCGGCAUGACGAAGCAGACGAAGUGAUUGACCGGGCGCUGGACUUGUAUCCCGACAAGGCGCAGUUUCUCAACUUGAAAAAAGACGUUGCAGCUGCUCGACGCAAAUGGGAGUUGAAACAGGCGGAAGUAGCCACCCUCGGUGCAUCGCAAUUAGCUGCUGCGAUGGCGGCAGAAGCGGCAACGCAGUCGGCGGCGCUGACGCCAGAAGAGCAGGCACGGCAGCUGCAACAGGAGAUGCAAAAGCGAGUUGAUGCUACGCCGUUGCCAAGUCGAGAGGACGGCAGUGUGGCUGCAGCACGGCUGAAUGUGUACUUUAUGAAGAUCAAACAACAGAUGAUGGUGGACAUUCGACACUUGCACAAUUCGGACGCAGGUGAAGCACCUCUGUUUGCGUGCACGAUUGCAAAUGGUGCGACGGGUGAGGUCCUCGCGAGCGGUGUCCAAGGCACUUCGAAGAAACUCGUCAAGAAUGAAGCGUGCAAGAUUGCAAUUGAGAAGCUGUGGAGCGAUAAGAAAGCGGCCGGCAAGCUUCUGCCAGAGGAGCUGGCUGAUUUGGAGAAGUUCGAGCGCACAAAAGCAGGCAAGCAGUCGAGCGUGAACGAGCCUGCGGUUGAGCAGCAGCCACGUCGUCCGUCGAAUGCUAGUGGCAGCCCAGCGCAGGAGGGACCGAUUCGGGUAACUUGGCUCGAGCGUCAGCUUUCGCCGCUAUCUUUGCUGAACCAGCUCACUCAGCGCGGAGGUCUUCUGGCGCGCUUUGACAUGAAGGAUGUCUCGCCAAGCAAAGACGUCACCGAGUUCGAGUGCAGGGGCUAUCUGAACGGCGAGUACGUUGCGACAGCGAACGCCAUCAGCAAGAAGAAAGCUCGUGCGGAAGCUGCUCGACAGGUGCUUGCAGCUGCGUAUGAGAAGAACCUGAUCUUCGUCUACAAUGGAUCUGCCGAUGGCGAGGAUGAAGACGGAGCGUGUGACGACAAGGAGUUGGACAGAAGCGAGCAAGCAGUGGUGAAGACAGAGUGCGAUGACUACAAUGGUGUCUGA